CAUUACAUCUCAACCGUCCGUCCACUUCUCUAUUACAGUAAUCCAACUCUAUCUUGCAUCUUGAAAUGACAGAGAGUUAAUGAAAUUGUCCUGGAAAUUUUCUAAGGCAUAUUACAUCUCAACCGUCCAGCUCUCUCAUUUGAUGAUUGAAACGCAAAAUUAGCAACCUGUACAAAUAUAUAAUUUUUGUCCAAACGCAAGCCAAAAUAGAAAAAUAGACACACCCCCUGUAUACUCUCUGUUGUUUCUACAAGGCUCAUUUACUCUCUCUCUCUCUCUCUCUCAAAAAACGGACAGUCACGGCGAUAUCUUAAAAGUUGAAAAUCAGAUUUGAAUCGCCAUAAAACUGAAGUGAAUUUAAGUUUUGUUACCUUUUUUGGAUAUGUCGAGUGAUGAAAACACAGAGAAGACCACAACCCUAGCUGAGUUGUCAGCUGAAACCCUAAUGGCUGAUGCUGGUAUUGGCCCUGGACCCGGGUUGCCUGGUGAGGCGCCUCGGGUUUCUCAAGUUGACCACGAACCGGUUGUUAACGGAAAUGUGGAUAACGGUGCUCCUACCGAGCUAUUAGUUGUUGCCAGUGGGGUUACCGCGAAAGGGAUUAAGGAGGUCGAUGGUGAUGGGAUUUCUCUUUUGGUGGAUGUUCAUAGUUCACUUGAAAAUGUUAAGGGAGUGAACGGAGAGGAGAAUGCAGCUGAUAAUAAGGAAGAUGAGAUGGUUGAUGCUGUUGAUGGGGAUACUGCAGAGGAUAAUAACGAUAGGGAAGAUGAGAUGGUUGAUCCUGUUGAUGGGGAUACUGCAGAGGAUAAUAAUGAUAGGGAAGAUGAGAUGAUUGAUGCUGUUGAUGGGGAUACUGCAGAGGAUAAUAACGAUAGGGAUGAUACGAAUGUUUAUAAAGUUGGUGAUUUUGUGUGGGGAAAGGUUACGAGUCAUCCGUGGUGGCCAGGGCGUGUGUAUGAUUCUUCCUGUGCUGCAGAAAAAGCUAUGAAGUAUUAUCGAACGGGGUCAUUGCUAGUUGCAUACUUUGGAGAUUUCUCGUAUUCUUGGCGCCCUCCAUCUCAGUUGGUAUCUUUUGUGAACAACUUUGAACAAAUGUCGAAGCAAAGCACUUCCAAGAGCUUCUUAAAAGCUGUUCAAAAGGCCGUGGAUGAAAUUAGUGUACUUAUGGAGUUUGAUAUGUGCAUCUCGGAAGAUAGUCGUGCUGGACUUAGUUGGCCAUUGGCAGAGAAUGGUGGAAUUAGAAAGGGUGUUCCAGUGCCUGAAGGAGUCUCAGCUGUCAGACUCUUACUUUCUCAGUAUGAACCUGCUGGGAUACUUAAAGGUCUAAAACAUCUUACACAAAACAAUUCUAAUUCCAAUGUACUUGAGCUUGCUGUCUUGAAAGGUUGGCUAUCUGCUUUUUAUCGUGCUAAAUGUGGACGCCCUUUGGCUUUAUAUUGUGAACCCGUGCCUGUUGAAGGCCUCGAGGACAAGAAGGAUCAAGAUGUUGAUGCAAAUGACUUCAGCAUACCAAUUGAGGUUCCUAUUAAGGGUCCAUCAGAAGAAGAAACUCCAAAUUCUGGCUCUGCAAAGUCUCCAAAGACUGCUUCUGACAAGAUUUAUCACAAAAGGAAGCAAAAAAGUGUGGCUGAACUUAUGGGAGAGAACGCCAAGCCCAAAGGUAAGAAGAAAACUGCAGAAGAUUCUACACCUUCAUCUGCAGAAACAUCUGACAAGAAAAGGAAGAAGUCUAGUGAGAAAGCUAACAGUGUUGAUGAAAAAAAUGGUAAGAGGGCCAGCAAGAAGUCUGGUGACACUGACUUGGCAAAAAAAAAGGAACUUAGAGUUUCAAUUCCUGAGCAUGAUGAACUUGGCAAUCAGCGGGACAUGAAUGCGAGCCCUUUAUCAAGGGAAAGAAAGAAGAGCAAGUAUUUGUCACCUCCUUAUACGAGCCCGAAGUGGAAUGCAGGAAAAUCAAGCUUCAAGAGAGAACUGGAAGUAGAUUCUCAGAAAGUUUCUGAUAUUACCAGGAUGGGUGAGCGGAUGACAAAGGCUGCUCGGGAUCUUUUGUCUUCUCCUGAUGCAAACCAUGGCAAUGAGGCUGUCAAGGAGAAAACGGCUGAACGGUUUGAUGAUGUUGACAAGAGUUCUCGGAUGGGAAAGCGAAGCUCUAGGACUUCUGACACCAUGAAUAUCGAUUCAUCGGUGAAUGAGGUACUGUCUGAGGUUCAGUCUACUGCUCUCAACCCUCUUUCAUUGAGGAAUGGAUCUGUUGAGAAGGCCAAAGGUUUUGUUUCCUCUUUCAGGAACUCAGUGUAUUUAGAUGGAUCAAACUACAAGCAAUAUCACAAAAAAACUGGAAACAAGAGAAAAUCUCUGGAUGAUACUAAAUCACCAGAGUCUGUUCCUUCACAUGCAAAGAAGCGGAAGACUAAUAAAGCAUCUGGGGCUUCUUGUCAGGGAACAGAAGAUGAGGAAGUAGGUAGAGAAACUUCAUCUGCGAUUUUGACUGUGACAUUUUCAACUGGUGUUUCUUUGCCAUCAGAGGAUGAAAUUAUCCAAAUAUAUAACAAGUUUGGGGAACUGAAUAAAAAGGAAACAAAAAUGUUAUAUGAUUCAAACGCUGUUCAAAUUGUCUACAUGCAUGGUCCAGAUGCUGAAGAGGCCUUCAAACAAUCAGUGAGGCAAAAUCCUUUUGGUGCUGCGGAUGUCAUCUUUACUCUCAGGAAUCCCUCCCCAAACUCCGAGAUUCCACUUUCCUCGCUGAUAGCAAGUAAGGGGAAGAAGUCAGAGGUAAAACUAAUCAAGCAGAAGCUGAAGGGGAUGGCCACACUCUUGGAAAAAUGUAAGGGUAAGAUUACGAUUGAGGAGAAAUUGGAGUUGGAGAGUGAGAUAAAAGGCUUGCUGGAGAAGGUAAGUACUGUGCCCACAUCAACUAACCCAUAGGGGGGAUCCUUGCAUACUAGGAUGCGAAGCUGGUUGGUUUAGCUGAACGUGUUCUCCUUUUGUUGAUAGUUAGUAUAUUGUCCAGCUUAUGUUAAUUAGGAGCAUAGGAUGUUAGCUACAAUUGAUUUGCUCUAAUUACUACUACAGUUGCAUUUACUUUGAUUAAUAUGGUGUAGUUAUGAGCU